AUGGCACCCAAACUCCCCACCAGCUGGGCGCAAAUCCCACCCUCGUUUCUCCUCCCCGAAUCUCUCCUCCCCCUCAUAACCAAGCGCGGUGUAAAAUAUGGCUGGACGACAGCCCCUCCCCGCUCCCACCCCGAACGCUUCAACCAGCAAAGUGCCGGUUUACCCAUCCUCUCCGCCUCAUCAACGGCUGCUCUCGCCCGCAAAGAUUUCACCCUCCCCCUACGCACCGGUGCCCUCGGUAUCAAAAAAGGAAUGACCGCGCUCUACGAUCCUGAAACCGGUGUCCGCACACCAUGUACCGUUGUGCAACUCGAUCGCGUACAAGUCGUUGCGCAUAAGACCCGCGAAAAGAACGGGUAUUACGCGGUACAAGUUGGAGCUGGGUGGAAACAUCCUAGCAAUGUUUCAAGGCCCGAAUUGGGACAUUUUGAAGCGAGUGAAGUAGCGCCGAAGAGACAUAUGGCUGAAUUUCGUGUGAAGAAUGAGGGGGGAUUACUAGAGGUUGGGAGGAGUAUUGGAGCGGAGUGGUUUAUAGAGGGACAGUUUGUGGAUGCGAGGGCGAAUAGUAGGGGAAUGGGAUUUGCAGGAGGAAUGAAGAAAUGGGGUUGGAGUGGUCAGCCGGCUAGUCAUGGUAAUUCGAAGAAUCAUAGGACGAUGGGUAGUGCAGGUGCAAGUCAGGGGAGUGGUUCGAGAGUUCAUCCGGGAAAGAGGAUGGCGGGACGUAUGGGAAACCAUCAGGUUACGAUUCAAAAUGUAAAGGUGCUGAAGGUGGAUGCUGAGAAGGGUUUGGUGAUCUUGAAUGGGUGUAUUGCGGGCCCGGAUGGAUGUGUUGUGAAGAUCCAAGAUGCCAUUAAGAAGCCAUGGCCAAAGGUACCAUCGAUGCCUGCUCUGUUAGAAGGAACCAAAGAGCCAGCGAAGAUAGCUGCUACUGCAUGA